CUGACUUUGAUGAUGUACGCUCUGACUUUGAAGAACGUUUCCCCUGUAUCAGAUUUAGCGAUAAACAAAGUGGUUUCAGAUGUGAACUAAGUACAAGUUCACUCUCUGCCCUCAAGACAUCAAAGUUACUCGCUGAAUACCGGCAGUUGGAUCCUCGAGUGUAUUUGCUAGCCAUGGCUUUUCGGUACUGGGCAAGACUUUGUGGCUUGGACAGUCAGUCAGAUGGCAGUAUGCCUGCAUAUUCAUUUGUCUUGAUGACUAUCUUCUUCCUUCAGCAUUGCGACCCACCAGUAGUUCCAGUUCUCCAAGAGGAUGAAACUUUGGAACGCCAAAACACUGACACCCUUGGAGAAUUGUGGAUCAAGAUGCUACAAUUCUAUACAGUCGACGUGGCAGUGGAGGAAAUGGUCAUCUCUGUGAGAAAACGGGAGCCUAUCAGUAGAGAAGAGCUAAAGAUUCCUAAUAGAAGGCUUGUUAUUGAAGAUCCCAUUGCCAUCAACAAGAAGAAUAUUGCCAAGUCACUUAGCUCCAACACUGUUUUUCAGUACCUGAUUGACCGACUUCAACAGGCUUUGCUUUAUUUUGGCAAACCACAGAAGGCUGCAUGUACAUGUAGAAGUAAUGCUGUGAGUGGUUCAAAAGCAACCAAGACAACAAAUGCUAGAAUUGACAGUUCAAAGGCCAUCCAGACCAACAGAAAAAGCUCAGAGGAUACAGUGACCAAGAAUGUGGAUACCAUGAAUACAAGUAUUCAAACCACCAAGCAAUGCAUUGAAUUGGACACUAAAGAUGAGAUAGCUAACCUUGAACAAAUACCUAUCGGUAACACAGGUGUGAGCAGGGCUAUACCAACAAUAUCAAUGAUGAGUGGUCUUUCAAGAAACUUACAGUUGCCACCUUCCAAGGACUCUACCAAGUCUGUAUCAGCAAAACUGAAAGGAAAGUCAGGGAAUGAUUCGGAGCUGGAGUCUGCUUGCAGGAAAAGUACCAUUGGAAGUGACUCUGAUAUUGAGGAUUCGCUAGUUACUGAUUCCACUGAAAAGGAUGGUUCAACAAGUGAUGUUGACCUUCUUGAUGGACAUUUAAAUACUGCGCGUUUGCAAAAUUGCAUUGUACCAGACAAACAGUAUUGUUCAGCUGGAUGCGGGGAUGACGUUAUGAGGCAGCAACAGGUGAAAAGCAUUGUUGAAGUUGAUACACAGACAGACAUGAGCAAGUCUGAGAUUUCUCUCUGCCAUCAUCAUUUCAGAUAUGCAUUUAAUGAAAAGAUUCUAACUGGUGGCAUAAAAGUCGUCGUCAUUUGCAAUGGUUGCGGAAAAGAAGGACAUAAAGUUGCAGUAAGUAUUUGUUCAUUUUCUUAAGAUUGUGCCUUUUAUAAAAAAAAAAUUGAAACUGUUUGGAUAGAAUCUUUUUGAAGUGAAGAUCAAAGGAUGGCAAUUUAGUUUGCAGAACUGGCAUGUUCGUGUAGCUUACAUGCAAUUAUCCAUCUUUUCCCCAUAACAUUUGAUUGAAAGUACUGGUCUCUUCAAGCAGUUUAUCAGAUUUAGGAAACAGAGCAUAAGGUAUGAACAUUAUUCAUGUGACCCUGUGAGGACAUUGACUGGAAGAGUAGUACAGUGAGUGUGACUCGGACUACCGAUAUGUUGACAUCAUCUGUUCCUACCCGACUGCCUGUGUA